CAAAGGGGAGUUAGAAACUACGUACAAACAUAGGAAAUGAAUAUGAAAGAGAAAAUUACAGAGACAGGAAGAACCAAUCAGAAUCUUAGUUUUAAACAUUGGGUUGUUGUAUGCUGUAAUGUUUCUUUGUUUUCACUCUGUAAACCCUCUGUAUGUUUGGUCUUAUCAAUAAUUUGGGGAUUCAAAAUUUAGGGUUUCAUUUGCUAUCAGAGGAGAAAGAGAUACAGUGGAGUAGAGUGUGAAAGAAAGAAAUGGUUUCUUUUUUUGUUGAUUGAAAAUGAGGAAAUUUGUUGAUCCAGACGGAAAACACCAUUUCUUCAAGGUCUUACUUGAAGAUGAUCUAACCAGAAUGCGAAUUCCUGAAGCAUUCUAUCCCAGAAUAUCCAAAGCUUCUCAAUCAUGUGAACGAGCAGUUCUUUGGGGUCCUAGUGGAACACAUUGGGUUGCAAAAGUGAAGAAAAGUCAGGAUGUCAUCUACCUCGAAAAAGGCUGGGAAGUAUUUGUCCAAGUAAAUGGCAUACAAAAGUACGAUUUCUUAGUUUUUCGGUAUGAAGGUAGCAUGCAGUUUUCUAUCAAGGUUUUCAAUAUGCAUGGGGUUCCAAGGGAAGAAUGUUUAGCUCCUGUUCGUUCUUCUCCGUUGGUGGAGGAGAAAAUCAAGCAUGGAAGGUCAUUUGACUGUCCACCAUCUGGAAGGCCAAGUACAAGUCUGAGAUCAAGAAAGAGACGAUGUGUUGAACUGCAGGAACGAGUACAACAAGACAGGGAUGAAUCAGAUGAAGACGAAUCCGAUGAAAAAGAUAAGUCAGAUGAAGAUGAAUGGGAUGAAGACGAAUCGGAUGAAGAUGAAUCAGAUGAGGAUGAAUCGGAUGAAGGUGAAUCAGAUGAGGAUGGGUUGGAUGAAGAAGAUGAGGAUUGUGUUGCACGUACAAAUGGAAGAAAGCGCGGAUUGUCAUCCAGGUCCCAUUCUGCUUUCUUCAGAAUUCCAAUGCGAGCAGCUUAUUUGAAGCAUAAUUAUGUGCCAAUCCCAUGGGGCAUCAGAAGAGAGUACUUCCUGGAUGACGUGAAAAAAGUUAUAAUUAUACCUUCUGAUGCUUCUUCUUAUGAUCGAGAGUGGAGGAUUAGAAUCCUUCACACAAAGACAGACAUGAGGUUAAGUAAAGGUGUUACUGACUUCACAAAGAAGAAAAAUGGUUUCAACUUGAAGGCAGGAGAUGUGUGCCACUUUGAAGUCGUUGAGAAGAGAUCUUACAAGCUUGUGUUACGAGUGUGGAAAAGCUGCACAUGACAUUUGUGUUUAAAUUUUGCGAGACUUCACAGUUCGGAUGCAAAUUCCUAAGGCGUUCUAUCCCAGACUAUCUAAAGAAUCUCAAUCGUCUAGACGGGCAGUUGUCCAG